AUGGUUUUAAAAUCUACAUCUUCAGGCAAUAUUUCAAUAUAUCAAGUCUCAGGUGCUAAUGUAUCUAGAUCAUUACCUGAUUGGAUAGCUAAAAAGAGAAAAAGGGAUUUGAAACAUGAUUUAGAAUAUCAAAAUAGAAUAGAACUAAUACAAGAUUUUGAAUUUAGCGAGGCAUCGAAUAAAAUUAAAGUCACUAAAGAUGGACAAUAUUGUUUGGCAACAGGUACUUAUAAACCUCAAAUACAUGUAUAUGACUUUGCAAAUUUAUCCUUGAAAUUCGAAAGGCAUACAGAUUGUGAAAAUAUUGACUUUAUUAUUCUAUCAAACGACUGGACUAAAUCAAUUCAUUUACAAAAUGAUAGAAGCAUUGAAUUUCAAACAAAAGGUGGAAUUUAUUUUAAAACAAGAAUACCCAAAUUUGGUAGAUCAUUAUCUUAUAAUCCGAUAAACUGUGACUUAUACGUAGGAAGUUCAGGAAAUGAAUUAUACAGAUUAAAUUUGGAGCAGGGUAGGUUUUUGAAUCCUUUUCAAUUAGAUACUGACUUAGGUGUUAACUCAGUUGAUAUAAAUCCUGUCCAUGGUUUGAUAAGUUGUGGAUUAGAAGAUGGUACAGUUGAAUUUUGGGAUCCAAGAUCAAAACAAAUAGCUGGUAAAUUGGAUAUGCAAGAUCAAGUAACGUGUGUUAAGUUUAGAAAUGAUGGUUUAAAUUUUGCAUGCGGGACAAGUUCAGGUAAAACUUUAUUAUACGAUCUACGUGCUUCUGAACCGUCAAUUGUUAAAGAUCAAGGAUAUGGAUUUGAAAUUAAAAAUAUAAGUUGGCUAGAAGAAUCAUUACACCCUGAAACUAUUUUAACUGGAGAUAAAAGAAUAGCUAAAAUAUGGAAUAAAGAUACUGGAAAACCAUUUGCUUCAAUGGAACCAACUGUUGAUAUAAAUGAUAUUUGUCAUGUUCCAAAUUCUGGUAUGUUUUUCUUAGCAAAUGAAGGUAUACCAAUGCAUACAUAUUAUAUACCUAAUUUAGGACCAGCUCCACAAUGGUGUUCAUUCUUGGAUAAUGUUACAGAAGAAUUGGAGGAAAAACCUUCAGAUUCAAUAUACUCAAAUUAUAAAUUUAUAACAAGAGAUGAAGUUUUAAAAUUAAAUUUGACUCAUUUAAUUGGUUCAAAAGUUUUAAGAUCUUAUAUGCAUGGUUUUUUUAUAGAUACGGAAUUAUAUGACAAGGUGCAACUUAUAUCCAAUCCAAAUUCUUUGAAGGAUCAAAGAGAAAGAGAAAUUAAAAAGAAAAUUGAAAAAGAAAGAGAAUCAAGAAUCAGAUCAACUGGUGCUAUCACAAAUACAAAAAUCAAAGUCAAUAAAGAUUUGGCGGAAAGAAUACAAGAAAAAGUUGGUAAUAAUGUGGCUGAGUCUGUUAUUAAUGAUGAUAGAUUUAAAGAAAUGUUUGAAAAUCCAGAUUUCCAAGUUGAUGAAGAAUCUCAUGAAUAUAAACAAUUAAAUCCUGUUAAAGCUCCAGGUAAGGAUAUAACAAAAACAAGAGGCUUAACUGCGGUUGAAUCUGAAGAAGAAAUGUCAAUUAAUGAAGAUGAAGAGGAUGAAGAAGAGGAAGAAGAUAGUGAUAACGAAGAAGACGACCAAUUAAAAGCCGCAAAUAGAGAAAAAGUCGAGAAGGAAUUGGCUAAAAUAAGAAGAAAAAAGGAAGAAGCUAAACGAUUCAGAAAUGAAAUGAAAAUUUUGUCAUCUGAAAGUGGACCAAAACAGCCUUCCACUUCAAAAGAAUCAUUUGAAUCACAAUUAAACAAAGUGAAUAAAGUUACAAAACCUCAUAAUGAUGAUUCAAGGUUACGAAGACAUGCUCGUGGAGAAGCAGAACUUACAUUUGUUCCGAAAAAGGAAAAGAAGUUUAAUAAAAAGAAAAUUAACAAUGAGGAUGAUGAUGAAAAUGGUAAUAAAAAUAAUGGUAGAACGAAACAAAGAUUUGAGGGUAGAAGAUUGGCUUCUAUAAACAAAUUUAGGGGUAUGUAA